AUGACCAAUCACACCAACUUCCACGCUCUCCGUCAAGAAAUUGAGCGCAUUCAACCGGGAGAUCCUGAGUUAACUCUGUACAGGGGUUUGGACUGUAAUUCUCGGGCUGCAGUGUCCGAUUGCCUAGGGAUCCAUCACCCAUCACGCGUCCCCAAGACUGGCAUGCUUCGCAGACCGGCCAGUACGGGUAUGAGACUAAUGCGAGAAAAUUUCUCAUUGUGUAGUGCAGGAGGCUCGGUUCCGAGACUUGGGGAUCCUGUUUGGCGGGACGUGGUCGACCAGGUAAACCAAUACUUGAGCAACGCAUACACGAGACGUCGACCUACAGAUCGCACCCCAGUGUCUGGAGUAGUUGCUGUCGGCUGGGAAAGGCACAUUUACAGAGACGACGAUGAGAUGGAACUGCUGGUUACCUCGGUGAUUGUGUGGAUAGGAGCUACAGGCUAC